AUGGAUGGUCUGACGCCUCGCCCGUUCAAAUGUACAUCGUGCGAUAGAGCAUUUACUCGUCAGACCACAAGGGACGCAACCGGAAUUUCCCUUGUGACCAAUGUGAAGCUAGGUUUGCUCGGAGAUAGUGACCUGAGAAAGAGGCACGUCGAGAACUGUCAUGUCUCCUCCAAAGUUCCCGCUGCUGCAGUGCCGGCGGUGGCACCUACCAUGGUUCUACCCAAUGCAAACAGCGAAGCUUGGUUCGACUUACUGGCUGCGUCUGCGGGGCCGGCUGAUAUCCUAGGCGGCCCGUACGAGUCAAUGCAACAAACCGUUCCCGUUCCGACUCCUGGAGAGCAGCGGCCCGGCACUUUCAUUCUAAGCGACCCAUGCAUUGAUGCCUUUCUCACUGGGUUUCUUCCCAAUUUUCCUCUUCUUCACGAGGGCUCCUUUCAUGUCGUGUCGGCGCAGGUGCCUUUGUUGAACGUCAUACGCUGCAUUGGGAGUCUGUACUGUCAAACGGCGGAACACGACGAGUCAUGGCGGAAAGCUACGUUCCAGUCAACCCUGCAGUCUUUACGAAAUUAUGUUGAACAAAACCGGUCCCGGCACCAAGAAACAUGGGUGCUCCAGACAUUCCUCCUGCUCGAGUAUUUGGGACUCUACGGAGGUGAUGAUUGGCACUUCCUCCAGGCACAGCGCAUCCAUCGCGAUCUGGUGGAUGCUAUUCGUAUGCUGCAGAUGACCCACACGGGAUCUGACGAGAUGAACGACGCCGGCUCGGCCAUGGAUGCAUCUAUCGGCGACGAAGACUGGGAAGUAAACGACGCGGACUCGUUGGAGGCGAGGUGGCAAGAAUUCGUUAAGUACGAGUCAAGGAAAAGAUGCAUAUACAUCCUCUACCUCCUCGACUCCCAACUCUCCAUCCUCUGCAACGUCCGGCCCAUGCUCUCCUCUCUCGAAAUUAAGCACGACCUCCCCUGCUGCGAGGACGUCUGGCUCGCUAAAUCAGCCGAAGAGUGGUCCACCUGCCAAAAGCGGCAAUUUCGCUCCUUCGACGACCACGACGACCAAGCGUACAGCUACGAGACCCCUCCAUCACAAGGCCUAUUCUACGAAGCCUCGCAGACACUCCUCCAACAACCGCAGCAGUCCGAAAAGGGGGAGCAGCAGCAGCCACAAAAGCAAAAACAGCCCCGCAAACUGCGCCUCCUUUGGGCAUCCCCUUUCGCUGCUGUUAUACUUGUUAUGCAGCUACAGAUGAUGGCCCGGGAACUAACGCACGCGAGUUGUCUCCUGGAGCGGCCCAAGGCGCAAAGGAGGAGUCUUUCGGUGCUGACAGACAAGCAGCAUGCGCAAAUCUCGCAGGCGCUGAGGGCUAUUGCGGAGCUGGUGCCGCGGAACCAAAAGCCGGUAUUUAGCUUGUUUGACUUCCAUCGCAUGGAUGCGUUUCCUGAUUCGGGGAGCAGCGCACCGCUGUGGCAUUCGUUUUGGUUGUUGUGGUAUUAUACUUCGAUUACGUUAUCGCACCCGGACUCGUUGUUGGUUAGUGGGAUUGUUGAGUCGAAUUUGCCGUUGGCGAUUGCAACGGCCGGACAUCUAGCCACACCAAGAAGCAAGGAGAAAAGAGAUAUUUACGAAGACAGGGAUGUAUUCCGCAUUCUCAACGACCUCGAACUCGCCCUCGAAAUCCUCAACCCCACCAAAUCUACCACACACCCCAGUCUCGAGAGCCCCUUCACCAGCCUUCUCGGCUUCAAAAUCUGCCUCGUGGGCUGGCGCCUCGUGCGGCUGACCAUGAUCGAAGCGUGCAGCAGCUCCAGUCACAACACCAAACACAGAAGCGCGCGCUCCCGGCCAUGCGCGUUUGUGUUGGACGCCAUAAUGUCCGGUAUAGGCAACCAGCUUGACAGUGAGAUGCAGCCGCCGCGGGAAAUAGCGAGAAGCGAGGUCGGGUUUUUGGAAUGGGUUGUUGCUACGCUCAAGACGAGGACGACGUGGCCUGUGGGAAAGUGGGUGGCCGCGGUUAUGGAGGAGAAUGUGCAGAAGGCAGUGGAGGCGUAUGGGGUUUCGGGUUUGGAUAAGUGA